AUGAAGCUAAUUAAUCAAUUAUUAUUUUUUUAUUCUUCUUUAAUUUUGGCAAAAUUAACUUAUAAACCAAUUGAUUUAGAUAAUAAUAACGGUAAAGAUAAUAAUUUAUUUAAAAUAGAUUUUAAAGUCAGAAGAGGUGAAUCAAGACAAAAUAUUUCUCCUGAAGAUGAUGAUUCUCCAAAAUUAUUUAAAAGAGAUGAUGAUGAUGGUAGUGGUGAUUUUACUAUGAUUUUAUCAAAUCAACAAACUUUUUAUAUGGCUACUUUAGAAAUUGGUACAAAUAAAGAUAAAAAUAAUGUUUUGGUAGAUACUGGUUCUUCUGAUUUAUGGGUAAUGUCUCAUGAUUUACAAUGUAUGUCAAAUCAAUAUCAAAAAAGAAAAGAUGCGUACGCCGACGCCGACGCCGACGCCGACGCGGCCGACGCGGCCGAUGCGGCCGAUGCGGACGCGGAUGAAAAUCUUGAAGAAAAAAUUCAUAUUAAUUUGCUUAAUCAAGGUACUGGUGUUUUAAAUUCUAAACAAUAUUAUGAAAAACAAUUUCAACAAUUAAAAAAGAAAAAAGAUGUAAAUCUUGAUCCAACAAAAUCUGAAACUUUAAUUGAUGAUGAUGAAAAUAAAUUAGGUUUUUUUACUACUAUUUAUAUGACUGAUGGCCCUGGUUCAAAUCCAACUUAUUCUCCAUUUGGAAAUGGUGGUGGUAAUAGUGGUGGUAAUGGUAAUUCUGGUUCAAAUUCUUGUACUUCUCAUGGUUCUUUCAAUACUGGUAAUUCGGAUACUUUUACAAGAAAUGAUACUGAUAGUUUUCAAAUUCAAUAUGCUGAUGGUACUGAAGCUUCAGGAAUUUGGGGUCAUGAUGAUGUUUCAAUUUCAAAUAUAACUGUUAAUGAUUUAUCAUUUGCUAUAGCAAAUAGAACUUCUUCUGAUAUUGGAGUUUUAGGUAUUGGAUUACCUGGUUUAGAAGUAACUACUCAAUAUGGUUAUAUGUAUGAAAAUUUACCAUUAAAAUUAAGAAAUCAAGGUAUUAUUAAUAAAUCUGCAUUUUCGGUAUAUUUAAAUCAAGCAGAUGCAAGAGAAGGUUCAAUUUUAUUUGGCGCUGUUGAUCAUGCAAAAUAUCAAGGUACUUUAGAAACUUUACCAAUGUUAAGAACUUAUCAAACUAUAAAUUAUCCUGUUAGAACUGAAGUUGAAGUAAGUAAUAUGAAAACUGUAAGUUCUGAUGGUACUGAAACUGAUGUAUUGACUGAUUCUGUUGGUGUUGUUUUAGAUACUGGUUCUACUUUAUCUUAUGUAUUUUCUGAUACAUUAAAUGCAAUAGGUCAAGCUAUUGGUGGUCAAUAUUCUCAAAGUGUUGGUGCUUAUAUUGUUAGUUGUAAUUUAUUAAAUUCGGAUGGAAGAGUAGAUAUUCAGUUUGGUAAUAAAACUAUUCAAGUACCAAUUUCCGAUUUGACAUUACAAGUUUCUUCAAAUCAAUGUAUUUUAGGUAUGUUUGAACAAAGUUCAACAAGUACUUAUAUGUUAUUUGGUGAUAAUAUUUUAAGAAGUGCUUAUGUUGUAUUUGAUUUAGAUGAUUAUGAAGUUCAUUUAGCUCAAGCUUAUUAUACUAAUGAUGAAGAUAUCGAAAUUAUAACAGAUGAAGUACCAAGAGCCGGAGGACAAAAUACAACUGGAUUAUCUGCUUCUUCUGGUCAAUCAUCUUCAGGUUCAUCUUCAUCUUCAUCUUCAUCUUCUUCUUCUUCAUCAACUAGAGAAUCAAAUUCAAAUAUUUUAUCAAUAUCAAAAAAAUUAUUAAUUAGUGGAUUAUGUUUAUGCUAUUAUUUUUUAUAG